CAGGUUCAUAUACAUUAAUUGAAAGUGAUGACCAUGUUAACUAAUAUGAGGCAGGCGUUACCUGUGAAAGGGGACGAAGUAUUUAGUUUGUGAAGUUAUGACAGACGGUAGGAAACCAGAGUUUACACAGAUGGAUUUCCUUCAUUGUUUGAAAGAUGCAGUAUCAAAAUAUCACGGAGACUAUGGCACAGGGUCUAUUAUGACUUCACUAUUUGUAAAGUAUUUUAAUCAGGAAACUGGGAUCAUUAUUGUACGAGUUAAACGUGGAUGUCAUCUGAUGAUCCAGUCAACUUUGACCUUUAUAACAAAGGUCAAAGAUUGUGAGGUCUUGUUACAUACUAUUCACAUAGGAGGUACAUUAAAGUCAUGUCAGAAAUUUCUGAUCAGAUAUCAUCAAAAACAACUAGCUACAUCACUGAAACAAUGUAAAACUAAAGAAGAGAAAACCGUGGUAGGAAAAGCCGUCAGAAGAAGUGAUGCCAUUGUAAAAGCCAGUAAUCUGAAAAAACUAGAGCUGAAUAUUUUGUCAGAUGUCACAUGACAUGAAUUGGAAAGCCUAAGAUAUUAGAAAAGUAUGGAGAUGUUAACCAUUAAAUAAUAAACUGUCCAAUUAAAAUAUGAUGCUUGAACCAGAAAAUAACAUUGACUUUUUGGUGAACUGUACUCAACUCAGAAGUUACUGUUCAAUAUGCAUAUGAAGACAAGUUAAAAAGAUUGAAUCAUGUAAAGUUAAGAGUAGCAAUACUAUAAAUGAAUCAAUAAUCUG